AGCCGCGCGCCGAGCGGUCGAUCCGGGGCUCCCCCGCAGCCCGAGCUCCCCGCACGUCGCCGGCGGCUCCACCCGCCGUCGUGUCCUACCCCGUCAUGGAGCUCGCCUUUACCCCGCUGGAGGCCCUGCUUCCCGCCGGAAAUUUGAAGUAUUGCCUUGUGAUUCUUAAUCAGCCUCUGGACAAAUGUUUUCGUCACCUUUGGAAAAAAGCUCUUCUAAGAGCCUGUGCUGAUGGAGGUGCCAACCGAUUGUUUGAUCUCACUGAAGGCGAGAGAGAGAGCUUUUUGCCCGAAUUCAUCAAUGGAGACUUUGAUUCUAUUAGACCUGAAGUCAGAGAAUACUACACUCUUAAGGGCUGUGAGCUCAUUUCAACUCCUGAUCAAGACCACACUGACUUCACCAAAUGCCUUAAAGUGCUCCAAAGUAAGAUAGAAGAAAAAGACCUUCAGGUUGAUGUGAUUGUCACCCUCGGUGGCCUAGCUGGGCGUUUUGACCAGAUCAUGGCGUCUGUGAAUACCUUGUUCCAAGCCAUUCACAUCACUCCUUUGCCAACAGUAAUAAUCCAAGAGGCAUCUCUCAUCUACCUUCUCCAGCCAGGAAAGCACAGAUUGCGCGUGGACACUGGGAUGGAAGGCAGCUGGUGUGGCCUUAUUCCUGUUGGACAGCCUUGCAAGCAGGUUACGACAACAGGUCUGAAGUGGAACCUCACAAAUGAUGAGCUUGGCUUUGGAACGCUGGUCAGUACCUCUAACACCUAUGACGGGUCUGGUGUGGUGACUGUGGAAACUGAUCAUCCGCUCCUCUGGACCAUGGCCAUCAAAGACUAGCCUUCCCCACAGAGUCCAUCAGCGCGCCUCUGCCUUAUCUCACCUGCCAAAGGCUCGUUGCUCAACACAACGGUUCAUCCGGGUUCACAGAAAUCAAAACUUCGCUAGGGGAAGCCACCAGUUUGAAAGAAAAUAACAACUGGAGAUGGAGCUAAGUGGCAGAGAGGAUGCUUGCCUAGCAGGCAGAAGCCGUGGGUUGAGGCCCUAGCAAUGCAAAACUAAUCAUCAUCAUCAUAAUUGUAAAACACUGAUAAUGUUUAGAUCAUCCAGAUAACACUAUAGAUAACAGAUCUCUUUACAGUGAGGGAAAACAAUUAUGUGUCAUGAAAGUGAAUGAGCUCUGUUAUAUUCUCUUGGAAAGAUAGCAUGGAUCAUUUCAGUAUAAAAUUCAGAACUAUUUUUUUAAUCAUUCCAUUUCUUGGAAAAUUGUCUUUAACUGUGAAACUAGGAAUUAAAAACCUGUGCAGUUCCUCUUGGAGUCCUAGCACUUGCCAGUGUGCUUGUCAGGAAGGGCUAGCAGUGAGUAUCUCUAAUGCUGUCCUCUUCUAUGGAAUAUGUAUUAUGCUUUAUCUUUAAGAAAAAGUCUUCCAGAUUGGUGUUGCAGAGCUGCAAGGUUUCACUCUGGUUUUGUAACUCUAGCACUGUCUCUCAAAAAUAAAUUGAGAAUCAGCCAGGUGCUGCUCGCUCAUGCCUGUAAUCCUAGCUACUCAGGAAGCUGAGAUCUGAGGAUCAAGGUUCGAAGCCAGCCCAGGCAG